GCAUUCUUUAAAGACUUCUGGCUGGAAGAAGGAAGAAUAGUCCUAUUUUUAAUUUCCGUAAAAGAUGGAUUAUAUCAGAUACUUUACACAGCUGCUUCUACUGCUGGCUUUCUGGAGAACAGCAAUCAGCCAAGAUCAAAGAAAUGAUAGUCCGUUCUCUGCCUCUGAUAAGGAUACCGAUCAUGAAGAUAUUUUCAACUUCGCCAAGAAUGGACCAGACAUGAGACUUGUCCUAAAUGGUUUGCUUCGCUAUGAAAAUGCUGCUGCUAAACGACUAGGAAACACCCAUUCACCUUUUGUAUUCCUCUCCAGCAGAAGCAAAGGGCCAGCAGUAAAUGUUCAUGACCCCCUGGCUGUUUUAGCCACUGGUUUCAUGGGAUCCAGAGGAAAACGGACUGACAAUAAUGAAAUUCCUGUAUUUGCAAAUGGGUUUCCUGCCGGCAGAGGCUGAAUAUUUUACUAAAGUGCUAUUCAGUAUUUGAUUCAGUUUGGCAAUAUAGAAUAUAAAUCUUACUUCUACGGAAUUAAAUAUCUUCUCCAGGAGCAAAUAAAUAAAUAUAUUUAUUGAAAAA